CUGCCCUUCCCUCUGUUUCCCCGGAUAACGAAGUGACUCUGACUGGCCGGUCCUGGGAGCUCCGCCUUCCCACCGCCCCCCCCCCCCGAAAAGCCAUUUGAGGGGGACGGUGGGGAUGGGGAGGGCUUAAGUCUCCUGCUGAGGCAGUGGCUUGUCCAGAGGAGUCAGCGCUCCGCUCCCAGCCCCAAUCUCCCGCGGCAGGACAGGAUCUUCCCAUGACCCUCUCCCUCCCUCCCGCUCCCCAGGAAAGCAGGCGGAGGUCCCGCGAAGAACUCAGGCGCCGAGGUUCGCUCUCUCCUCUCCGGUGGCCUAAGAAGCCUCGGGGCGAGCGGACGGCCUCCCUCCCUCCUCAAUGGCCUCAGUCCCCGUCGGUGAUGGCCGCCUGCCAGCCAAGACUGGACGCCAAGGACGACCUUUCGCCAGCAAAGGACGGAUGCCCAGUGCCAGUCUGGACCUGCCCCACUUGGCCUCUCCUCCAGGCCACUGUUUUUUUGGGCCCCAGAAUGCCUUUAGCCGGAAGGAUCGUGCUGUGGGGCCUGUUCCUGCUCUUAUCAGGGACCGCGCAGGGCGAGUCCCGCAUCCCCGCGGAGUCCCGCACCCACGCGGAGGACCGCCUCUUCAAGCAUCUGUUCCAAGGCUACAACCGCUGGGUCCGUCCGGUUCCCAACACCUCGGACGUGGUGAUUGUUCGCUUCGGCCUGUCCAUUGCCCAGCUCAUAGACGUGGAUGAGAAGAAUCAAAUGAUGACGACCAACGUGUGGCUCAAACAGGAGUGGCAAGACUACAAGUUGCGCUGGGACCCGUCCGCCUUUGAUAACGUCACAACGCUGCGGGUGCCCGCGGACAUGAUCUGGAUCCCCGACAUCGUCCUGUACAACAACGCCGAUGGAGAGUUUGCGGUGACGCACAUGACCAAGGCCCAGCUGUCCGCCUCGGGCACGGUGCGCUGGGCGCCGCCCGCCAUCUACAAGAGCUCCUGCAGCAUCGACGUCACCCACUUCCCCUUCGACCAGCAGAACUGCAAGAUGAAGUUCGGCUCCUGGACGUACGACAAAGCCAAGAUCGACCUGGAGCUCCUGCAGCAGACGGUGGAGCUGCGCCAGUUCUGGGAGAGCGGGGAGUGGGCCAUCGUGCGCGCCGUGGGCACUUACAACACCAAGAAGUACGACUGCUGCUCGGAGAUCUACCCCGAUAUCACCUACUGCUUCCUGAUCCGCCGCCUGCCCCUCUUCUACACCAUCAACCUCAUCACGCCCUGCCUGCUGCUGUCCGCCCUGACCGUGUUGGUCUUCUACCUGCCUUCCGCCUGCGGCGAGAAGAUCACCUUGUGCAUCUCCGUCCUGCUCUCGCUCACCGUCUUCCUGCUGCUCAUCACCGAGAUCAUCCCCUCCACUUCUCUGGUCGUGCCCCUCAUCAGCGAGUACCUGCUCUUCACCAUGAUCUUCGUCACCCUGUCCAUCGGCAUCACCGUCUUCGUCCUCAACGUCCACCACCGGGCGCCGGGCACCCACACCAUGCCCCGCUGGGUGCGGGCGGUCUUUCUAGGCCGGGCACCCGAGGGGCUCCUCCUGCGCCGGCCCCGGCCCACCCCCCAGCUGCUGACAGCCCCCGGGAUGGGAGCCGGGGCCUCCCACUACUGGCAGGACACGGGAGUCGACGAGGAGGAGGAAGACGAGGAAGGCUGGAGGGAGCCCCUCCAUCGCCACUGGGCUCACUCUGGCACUGGGCCUCCUCCCGGGUCUGGGGCCCCCCAGCCCGUCACUAGUCUCCCACUGUCCAGCAGCAUCCUCGAGGCCCUGGCGGGGGUGCAGUACAUUGCCGACCACCUGAAGGCCGAGGACGCCGAUUCCAAGGAGCCGAGGCUGCAGCGUCUUGGGCGGACCCGAGCUGACCCUCCCUGCCCAGCCCUGGGAGCCUCAGAGACAACGCUUCUGGAAGAUCUUGCCAGGCCCAGGGCAUGGGCCCCGGAGCCUCUUCUGUGUGGCUGCCAUCAGCUUCAGCCUCCACCGUGCCGUCUCCCAUAGCGCUCCUCGGCCCGCUCCCGCGGGAGCGGCAGCAUCCCCCUCCAGCAUGAGAGCGGAGAGCAGGCGUGCCGGCCUCGGCAUCCCCCUCCAGCAUGAGAGCGGAGACCAGAUGUGUCAGACCCACCUGGGCCCAGGGGAACGGGCCCAGAGUCUCUACUGUACUGCUUCCAAUAGUGCUCCUUUUCUUCCCUCCCAAUCCCACACCCGGGAUUCCCAGCAUCCCCCUCCAGCCCCAGAGCAGGGACCAAGCAUGCCAGCCCCAGCUAGAUGCAGGGACGGGGCCCAGAGCCUCUACUGUGCAGCUAGCCUCAGCCUCUGUCUCCUCCAUGCUGUCUCACCUGGCCUUCAUUGUCCACCCACACGCAUACAUGGGAGCCCCAGCAUCCCCCUCCAGGCCCAGGGCAGGUCCCAGUUCAGCUCGGUCCUCUCACCGCCCCUGCCACCGCCUCCCUACAUUGGUAAUGGUUCUGUCCGUUCCUACAGUCCCUCGGUUGCCUUCUCUGGACUCCUGCUCUGCCACCUGUGGGGGACAGGGAAGCUGGUUCCAGGAGACCCCCCCCUCCUCCCCAAACAUCUUCCCACCCUUUGCCAGGACCCUCAGCUCCCGCACCCCUGAGGGCCCCUGAGGGCUGACCCGACCUUGGGGGGGGAUGAGGGGAGAGGGAGGAGGAGAACUGACCUUGUUCAGGGGUGGAGGUCAAUUCAGGCUCCCGCCAAGACGAGAAAAAUCUCCCAACAACCCAAAGCAAACGACACGGUUUUAAUUCUACCACGCACGCACACAUAAAGAAAGGGGAAGGAGCUGUCCGACAAAGACCCCACAACACACGUUGGAAGGUGGCUGCAGGCCAGAGACCUUGCCUUCACCUGGCUAUGCCAUGGAGGGAGACGGGGCUGCUCUAAGCACCCCGCCGCUGAGGCAGCAGCCGGACUGCGCUCCACCCAUUAAAUAAACUCCUUUAUACACUG